AAUGGGUAAUAGCAAUAAAGUUUAACAAAAUGUCAUUCAUAUUGAAUUUAUGAGUGCUAAAUAAAAAAUAAGAAAGGAUAAAGCUUUGAUAAAAAAUAAAGUUGAUUAAAGCCAGAAUGAACAUCUCUCGGAUAUAAUAUGCGUUUAAGAUUUAACUUAGUAUUACGAAGUUGACUUUAGAUAAACAAUACUAACUUCUGAUGAAACUAUACAUGUAAAGGUAAAAUUAUAUAAAUAAUAAAGAAAAUUGUUGAUCUGGUUGUUAAUCCUAAUUCAAAGACUCCAAGUAAUUUAAUUUAAAUUAGUGAGUUCUUUAAGUAGAAUGUAAAAUCAUUUUAAAUUUUUUUUAAUAACUAAAUAUACUCUUAAGAUGAAUAGUAAUAUUAGUUUGCUUACGAGCCACUCUAUAUAGAAGUAAUUUAUAACCCAAAACACUGGAUGGAAAAGGCUGUUGAGAAAUUUAAAACUUAUAGUAAUAAGCUGAUGUCAGCCCUUGCCUUGAUUUCAAAAUUUGCUUAUAUAGCUAUUCCUUUAUAUACUAGUUUAUCUGCUCUAUAGCCCUUUGUAUUACCAACUUUAAAGACAGCCAAAGUUGCUUUGAAAUCAACUUAAAAUCCUACUUCAUAAACUGCUCAAACAGUCAUUAAAUUUUUGAUAAAUUAAUUAAAGAGAGCUUCCUUUAUUGCCGCUCCUAUUUUAUCACUUUUAGCAUAAUAUAUACCAAUUUCUAAAAAUAUGGUUGCAGGAAUAGGUCUGUACUUUGGUAAAGGAGUUUUAUGGAAUGUCAUCAAAUUAGGGGUAACAAUAUUUUGCCCCUUUUUGGCUCCAUUAUUAAUGAUCUUUGGAUGA